AUGCAGUCUCAGAGGAUCCCGGGGAGAAAGCGAGGCCGACCCCCACUGCACUCAACACCUAUGAAGAUGGCAGUGCAUAACCUUUAUUCUGCUUCAGCUGGUUCUUUGCCAGCAGCGAAGAUCCCAAAGAAAAGAGGGCGGAAGCCUGGGUACAAGCUCAAGUCUCGGGUUCUUAUGACUCCUUUAGCCCUCUCGCCUCCGCGGAGCACACCGGAGCCCGACCUCAGCUCCAUCCCUCAGGAUGCAGCCACCAUACCCAGCUUGGCCGCCCCACAGGCUCUCACAGUCUGCCUCUACAUCAACAAGCAAGCCAACGCAGGGCCAUACCUGGAGAGGAGGAAGGUGCAGCAGCUCCCUGAGCACUUUGGGCCCGAGAGGCCGUCGGCAGUCUUGCAGCAGGCCGUGCAAGCGUGCAUUGACUGUGCCCACCAGCAGAAGCUUGUCUUCUCCCUGGUCAAACAAGGCUAUGGUGGUGAGAUGGUAUCAGUGUCGGCAUCCUUCGAUGGGAAACAGCACCUGCGGAGCCUGCCUGUGGUGAACAGCAUCGGGUACGUCCUCCGUUUCCUCGCCAAGCUGUGCCGAAGCCUUCUGUGUGAUGACCUCUUCAGCCACCAGCCCUUCCCCAGGGGCUCCAGUGGCUCUGAGGAAACCCAGGAGAAGAAGGAAGGCAGGAUGGAGUCAGCAAAAACAGUCACCACUGAGGAGUGCCUGGCGAACCCUGUGGGCAUGAACCGCUACAGCAUGGACCCCUCCGCCUCCACCUUUAGCCACAGGGGCUCCUUGCCCACCUCUUCCUCGCUGUACUGCAAGAGACAGAACUCUGGAGAUGGCCACCUUGGGGGAGUAUUGGCCACCACUGCCAGUGGUCCCCGUUCCAGCCCCAUGUCCUCUGGAGGCCCCUUGACACCUGGGCUGAGGCCCCCAGGCUCCAGCCCCAAGAGAAACGGGACCCCUCUUGAAGGAAACAGAUGUGCCUCAAGCCCUUCCCCAGACGGACAGGAUGCCAGGCGGCCCCGGAGCAGGAACCCCUCCACCUGGACUGUGGAGGAUGUGGUCUGGUUCGUGAAAGACGCUGACCCGCAGGCUCUGGGGCCUCACGUGGAACUCUUCAGAAAGCACGAGAUUGAUGGCAAUGCUCUCUUGUUGCUGAAGAGUGAUAUGAUCAUGAAAUACUUGGGUCUGAAGCUGGGCCCCGCGCUGAAACUGUGCUACCAUAUUGAUAAACUGAAGCAAGCCAAAUUCUGAAG